AUGGCAUUCUCUCCUUCCGCGUCGUGCUCGCUUCGUUCGUCAUCUGGUUCCCUCGCUCUCCGCGCGCCUCGCGGAGGAGGCAGAGCCGUUCUUUCGCUUUUGCCUGCCUCUGCAUGCGGAGGCGUCCCCUCGGCCGGUGUCUCUGCAUUUCGCGGCGGCACGUCGUCUUCCCUGACUUUUCGCCCUCUCUCACAGUCGACUGUCGACUCACUGCUGCUCUCCCCCUCUUUUCUGCGGAAAACGUGCAAAUGUCGUCUCUCUUCACUUCGCCCGUCGCCUCGCUGCAGUCUAUUACCUACACACACGCUCAAGGGGCCUCCGCUGAAGCUGCUCGCGCGUAGGGUUUGCGAGUGUCUCUGGGGCAGUCCUUGGUCUUCGUCUUUCGGUCUCCUGUGUCUGCUGCUUCUUCUCCAGUCCGUCCUGCACACUUCUCCUUCUCUGCGCCGUCCAGGGCACUUUCUCGCUUCUUCUGUGGCGUCGACUACUCAGUUUGCUCCGUCAGCGUCGCCACCCCUGUCGACUCUAUCUCCGCGGCCUUUCUUCUCUGCUGUCUCCUUCCUCCUUCCGCCUCUCUGCCUCGGAGUGUCGCGGCUCUCUUCGCCUCUCUUCUUCGCUUCUUCUGCCGGUCCUGCGCUCUCUCUGCUCGCCACCCUCGCGCCGGCCGCCGCAGCCGGUGUCUCGCUUUCUCCCGUAUCGGGAUCCCCUUCGACCUUGCGGCGACCUCGCUCAGAUCUGUCUUCUCUGGCGUCGCCAUCCGCCGCGCCUUCUUGUCCUGAGGCGGUGCCCUUCUCAUCCUCGCGCCCUCCUCACGCGGCGGCCGUCGCCUCCUCUCUUCCGCGCCUCUCUGCUGGGUUAUCUUCGCGCGUCGGGGAGUCAUCUGGUGCGUCCUGGCGUCGCUGGCGAGCUCCCGUCGCGUCUGCAGGCGCCCGCCACCUUCUGGGCGGUCUCCGUUGCCUCACCUUCGCAGCGCCGCUUGCUUUUCAGCAGCCUCCGCAGCCAGGCAGGCGACUCUGGGACUCCGCAGGGCACACGUGGGAGUCUCUCUCCGCCUCUCGAGAGGGACCAAUCCGCUCGCAGGGGCAGGGCGCAGAGGCCUGGCAACGCGCGCUGAUUCCCAGGCAUCUGCCGCCGCUACUCUUCUUGCAGACGACAUGGCCGCAAUUAGCGUCUCUGGCGACUUCGCGCGUUGUUUCUGCGCCGUCUGUCUUCCUUUCUUCCUCCUCUCCCUGCGAGGACCUGCGGCGCGCGCCUGCGUCUCUCUUUUCUUCUUGUCGCCAGCGCGCCUCUCCCCGAGUCUCUCCGCCCCCGAGCGCCGGAGAGAUCGCUGGCGCCUGCGGCGAGGACCCGCGCGGGCGGUCGGCAGCGCCGCUCUUCGCGUCCUUCUUCAGCGCCUUCUUCUCCUCGGUCAAGGAAAAGGCAGCGCAGCGCGCGGCGGAGGGCGACGAGGCGCGUGAAGCAGCGAAGCCAGGAGCCGCGGAGCGCGAGGCGGGGAGGGCGAACUCAGCAGCAGAGAGUGAAAGAGGCGCGCGCGCGAUAGACGCGGAAGACAGCUGGAGCUUCACGCAGGCGCAGAGGAAAGGAGAGCGACCUGAGGGCUCCCCUGGCGCGAGCGCGAACGGCGAAGCGAGCCGCGAGCCUCCUGCACAAACAGCAGCAGAGCGAAAAGGCGAAGAAAGCGAAGAGUCGCCUCAGCACCCCGCAGGGGAUGAGCGCAAGACGCGAAGGAGACCGUGGAACUACGGGCGUCCCUGGUCCGACGAAAUUCGCAAAAAAAUUGCAGAGAGGACGCGGGACGCCAUGCAGCGCCUCAAGGCGGAGAAGGACGCGCAGAAGAAACCGGGCGAAGAAAGCCAGGCUCCCAGCUCAGCCUCUUCGGGCGUCCGCGCGUCGCUGUCUCCUACGGCCAGGCAGAAGCUCUCCGAGCGCCUGCGAGCCCGCUGGAGAGAUCCCGAGGCGCGCCUGAAGCUCCUUCAGCUGGGAAGACAAAGACGGCAGUCUGCGGCCACGCGCGCGGCUAUCGCGCAGAGCGUGCGGAGACGAUGGAGGGAGGACUCUGCGUACGCAGAGAGAGUCCGCCAGGCGCAGGCGAAGGUGAACGCCAGCGGAGAAAAGCGGAAGAAGAUUUCUGACACGCUGAAGCGCCUCUGGAAGGACGAAGCUUUCCGCCAGCGCAUGAAAACUACUCGGCGACCCUACACCGAGGAGCGCCGCCGGGCUCUGAGCGCCAAGAUCACCGCCAUGUGGGCAGACCACGGCGAGUACCGCAGUCGCACGAUAGACGCCAUUCGCUCGCGGUUCGAUCGCCUGAGAGAGGAAGAAGGCCUUGCCUCUUCACGAAAGGCGCGAGGCAGCCGGAGCCCGACGCAGGGAGCCUUUUCGCGUCUCGCGUCUCGCCACGCGUCGAGCGGGUCGCGGGCGCCAGAUCUGCUCAGCCUCUUGGGUGUUAAACAGCCCCCUCACUCUCAGCGCCAAGAGUUCUGGCAACGCAUGUACCAAAAAUUGUUGAGUGAAGAGACCGAAGGUGAAAGAGACGCGGCUGUGGACGAAGAAAACGGAGCAAGGCGAGGAAGCGAAAUGCGGGAGGCCCAUCUUUUAGAGAUGUCGUGUUAG